AGGUAAACAUAUGCGAUGCGAUAUAACACAACGAUAAGAAAAUGUUCACCAACUCACAAACCUAACAAAAAGGCACGGCUAACAUUCGUUUCCAUACAACAAACAAAAACGGUAAAGACUAAACAAGGUAGAAAAUCCUUGUUCCAACAGGCAAUUCAACAUCCAAUUAUUUUUAAACCAUUUACCCCGUUUUGCAAUCAGCUAGUCAGGAAUUUUGCAAACUUUCCAAUGGCAUUUCUAAAUACCUCCGUGUUUUUCGUUGUCUUCGCACUGUGCAUCUUGAGUCACGAACGAAGUGUCCACGGAAAUGAAAUAAAUAAUCAGAAAAAUAGCCAUAUUGUAUGUCCACUUAAUUACAGACCAGUAUGUGGCAACGAUGGCACGACUUAUUCCAACCAAUGUCUGCUGGAUGCUAAAGCCAUGGGUGGUUCCGUGAUCAACAAGGCGUACGACGGCGAAUGCAAGUUAGACCAGAAAGAAUAUGGACCACAUUGUACUCCUGAUGAGAACCCAAUAGUUUGCGACUGUCCGUGUGGCAUUCGCUGCACGGACGCUUACAUCCCCGUAUGUGGAACCGAUGGCAAAACGUACGGAAAUGAAUGUCAAUUGGCUGUCACGAAUUCGUGUGCUGAAGUUCCCGUUCGAAAAUGCUAUGACGGUGAAUGCAGAAAAACUUCAAGUAUCGCCACAAUUUUGAUCGUUGUUGCGUUAUGUUUUCUGAGCAAUCAACGAGGUGUUUACGGAGAGGUUCGACGACGUUGCGAUGUCGUGUGCACGUUCCAGUACAGUCCGAUAUGUGGAACAGAUGGAAGAACUUAUUCCAACGCGUGUCAACUACAAGCUAGGAAUAUGUGUUAUGGCACCCGAAUUCGUAAGGCUUACAAUGGAAAAUGUCGAUUUUAGAAAG